GGGAAAUCAACUUGGAAACAUCUGGCUGAGGUAAGAUCCGUCUUGCCGUGCUUCUUCAUGAAGUACUUGUCUAAUGGUGUUCAUUGAAAAGGGGGAAAACGAGAUAGGAAUUAAGAGAGCCGUAAACCGUUUCCUGUGAGAUUGUUGCGAUCGACCGAAACACUGAAACCCUUCAUGACUAGUACUGAAACUGCUAAAUGCGAUUGUCAGAAUCCGACACCAGUUCAAAACACUUUUCAAAGCAGAAUUUAUUUUUGUCAAAAAAUCGUUCUUAGUAAACUAUUUUUAAAAAUAGUAUUUAAAAUUUCCAGCGAGACUCCGUUUUAGCAAAAAAUAGGAAACAGAAUAGGAAACUCGAGAAUGGAUCCCUUGUCCUACAUAAAUUGAAUAAAGCCGUGAGAAUCUGGUCGAAGGUCUCAUGAAAAUUAUGCAAAUUAGGGCAUUUUCUAAACGUUCGUACAAAAACAAAGAAGCUUGUCUUCGUUUUUAUAGUUUUGAAUGAUUUGUUACACAUUUCUCGAAGUUACAGUCAAGCUUUAUUGUAUCUAGAUAUAAUUAGGCUUUCCUUCAUUCUACCCGCACAAAGAAGGUAGUGUUUCGUACUUUGUUGAAACAGUGAGUUUUACCUCCUUUCAGGAUGUUAGGAUAUCAAGGGUAUGUAAAUUUAGCGUUUGUUAAAGGGCUCUUUCCAACAGGGGCGCGCAGCAAGUUUGCAGUUGGGGCCCCACUUCGAAAAGGGUUAGCGUGAGUCAAGCAGGGAAGUCCGGGGCAUGCUCCCCAGAAAGUCUAACAAAUUUAUUUGGACUUAAAUUCCUCUGAAAUGGCUGAAAAUGCAUUUAAAACUAACAUGGUAAUGUGAAACUUCUGUACUUUCAACAACAAAAAAGCGAUGUCUUAAAACAACAAUUUAUAUUUCCGCUUAACUUAUCAUAACUGGCAAUUAGUCACGUAUCGCCAUAUCCACAAAGCUCAACUCAUCAUACGAUUGCCCUCGAGACAGUGGUACAGCGAUUUUGACUCAACAGUGCCAAAAUGAAUUUCAGAAAAGCUAAUAGUGUAACAAUACUACCGAAAAACCAAGGUAACGGCUGGUUGUCAAGCCACAUCUUUAAAUCAGAUUCUUUUAAAACUGCCAAAAUUUGUGCAGUAGCGCCUUCCUUGCUCGUAUUACCAUAGACCAGGGCCACAGGACUGAAUGACCCAGGAUACCGUUAUUUUAUAUUGUACCGUAAAUUUGCAGCACUGAAAGUGAAACUACUGUUCUUCUUUUCUUUCGUUCUAGCAUCAGCUGGUUUAGUUCGUCUCAUCGCCGCCAUAAAUAACUUUCGCAGCCACUGAACUCGAGCUCCCAACAGGUAAGAUUUUUUUCCUGUGAAACGUCUUAUAUACUAAACCCGCUCAUUAGUUCUGAUCGAAACGCACCAACUUCUAAUUUAGCCAUACAUGAGUAAGGCAUUUGACAGUAUAAAUCAUGAUAUUCUCCUUUUAAAACUACAACAUCUCGGUAUUUCUAAAUACGCUCUCGCGUGGUUUACUAGCUACCUGACCUACAGACACCAAGUCGUGCGUAUUAACUCGACCCUCUCGAAUUCGUUGCGUUUAAAUAGUGGUGUUCCUCAAGGAAGCAUUCUUGGGUCGCUUCUUUUUAGUAUUUACAUUAACGACUUACCUUCUGUUCCUAGAAACUGUUUAACGCAAUGUUACGUAGAUGACACUAAACUUCAGAUUUCUUUUAAGAUGCGUGAUUGUCCGACUGCUAUGAACGAUCUAAAUAGCGACCUUCUUUUAAUACGUAAUUGGUGUUUUGACAAUUUUCUACUUUUAAAUCCUGACAAAACAAAACUCGUAGUCUUUGGAAGCCGACAACUACUUGCCAAACUCCCCGACUUCAAAAUAUCUCUUCUAGGAAAAGAUCUCGCCCUUACAUCUUCGGCCAAAGAUCUUGGGAUUGUUUUAGAUCCGCAACUAACGUUUGAUGACCAUGUUCUAAAAACUACGUCAUCUUGUAUGUCAAGCCUCGCACAAAUCAGUCGGGUUAAACAUGUUCUUGACCGUAACCAACUGGUGACAGUAAUAAAUGCCCUAGUCUUUAGCAAAUUACUGUACUGUUCCACAGUGUGGUCGAACACCUCGAACAAAAAUAUCUGUAGACUACAGUCAGUGCAGAACUUUGCCGCGCGCAUUAUUACAGGUACCAGGAAAUUUGAUCAUAUAACCCCGCACUAAGAGAUCUAGGUUGGUUUCCAAUUAAACAAAAGCUGUUCUUCCGCGACGCUCUCAUGGCAUUUAAAUGCAUGACUUGUCAAGCUCCACAUUACCUCAGCGAUCAGUUUACAACAAGAAUUGCGGUCACCGGGCGCGUGACUCGAAGUUGCCAAUUAUUAAACAUCCCCUUGUAUAAGUCGAGUACCGGACAGAGAACAUUCCACUACCGCAUGGUGCACAUUUGGAACAAUCUAGACAGUACUCUUAAAACUGCAAAAUCGAUUUCUACUUUUAA